AUGGCUCAACUCAACCUCGUCGAAGCUUCGCUUGAAGACUUGCAGAAUGCAUUGUCCUCAGGGUCAUUGACUAGCGUUGAUCUGACGGCCCGUUACCUCCGCCGCAUCAGCACGUAUGAUUGCAGAAACAUUGCACUCAACGCUAUCCCUGUCCUGAACAAGAACAUUUUCGAAGAGGCAGCGAGAUCCGAUGAUCACCGUGCGUCUGGAGAGCCUCCUGCGUUCAAAGAUCUUGUUGCCAAUGAAGAUGCUUUCAUAGUCAAGACAAUCCGCGACGCAGGCGCUGCCCUUGUCGGUCGCACGAAUAUGCCAGCUGUCGCUUGCGGUGGCAUGCAACGGGGCAUCUAUGGUCGCGCCGAAAACCCAUAUAAUCCCGGCUAUCUUGCUGCAGCCUUUGCGUCGGGGUCUUCCAAUGGGUCUGCCGCCUCUACUGCUGCAUCGUUUGCUGCCUUCGGACUUGGCGCCGAGACGGUGUCGUCUGGGCGUUCCCCUGCCUCGAACAAUGGCUUGGUCGCUUACACUCCCUCGAGAAGUUUCCUUUCAGUUCGGGGUAAUUGGCCCUUGUAUCCGACAUGCGACGUGCCCGUUCCACACACACGAUCUAUAAAGGAUCUGUUGGCUCUCUUGGACGUCGUCGCCGUCAAGGACCCGAUAGAGAAGGGCGAGUUUUGGCUAGAGCAAAAGUUUGUCGACAUCCAGGAGCCCUGGCAGGACAAGCCAAAAAGCUCAUUCAAGACGAUUUCCUCCUUCAAGUCCUUGUCUGGUUUGCGGAUCGCAGUCCCCGAAAUGUUCAUCGGCGGCCCGGCACCGGAGGGUGCAAAACAAGUGGAAACAAGCCCAGCUGUUGUCGAGCUAUGGAACCAAGCACGGCAAGAUCUUGAAGCACUCGGUGCCGAAAUCGUCCUGGUUCCUGAUUUCCCCCCGAUGACGGCAUACGAGAAUGAUGAUUUGUUGCCAGAGGGGUGUCCCAGACGCCCAAAAGACUGGAAUGCGAUGGAGAGAGGAGCGUUAAUUGCGCAUGCCUGGAAUGAUUUCUUGAAGGACUUCAACGACUCUACUCUUCCUGAUCUCUUCGCUGUCGACCCUUUCAACAUUUAUCCCAACUCACUUCGCACGGAACCUGAACUGCGACAUUUCGAAACUGCCAAUGCCAUUCAAUAUCACAAGCUAGCAGAUUACCUCCGCAACACAACCUUUUUCGGAGUAGACGGCAUCGAGCAAGCCGUCAAGGCGCUAGAAGGUAUGCGUAAAGUCCUCCUCGAAGAUUGGCUCAAGGGCCUUGGUUGCGACUGCGUUGCAUUCCCUGCAGCUGGAGACGUCGGGCCAGCCAACGCGGACUCGAGCUUCGAAGGCUCAGACCUGGCGUGGAGGAAUGGUACUUAUUACAGCAAUGGUAACAGGGCCUUGCGUCACUUGGGAAUCCCUUCGGUCUCGGUGCCGAUGGGACUCAUGAGCGAUAAGAGGGUCCCGGUAAACUUGACAUUUGCUGGUCGAGCGUAUGAUGAUGUCAAGCUACUCCAGUGGGCGAAUGCGUACGAAGCAAAAACGCAGCAUCGCAUCCCUCCACCUCAUACUCCUGCUCUAGAGUCUGAUGUUGUUCCCUUGUCGAAGACGGAGCGUCAGGUCGAUUUGCCCCGCCCUCAGUUGAUUGUCGAGAAAUUCGAAGUCGCCCCGAAGGAUGAUGGAACUUCACUUGGGGUGACUUUGCAAGGCACAGUCACCAUUGCUUCUCCCAUGGCUGGGCCACCAGAGCUGGACAUGACAAUUGAUGCCUCUUCUGUCCCAUCGGAUAAGAUUUCAGUCAAAGAACUGCCAAGAACAGGGGAGGGAGAAGCCCAAUUCUCUUUUGCUGUGGACACAAUCACUCCCAAACCAGUUGAGAGGCAAGGAUUGGAUAAGACAUGGACCCCCGUCGCUCGCGACAUGACAAUGGCCGUUGUAUUAGCCAGGGCUGCUCCUGGUGGGAGACCAACUGGUUGGCUAGGAUUGAAAUAA